AUGGCGGCGCCGUCGUCCUCCCUCGCCUCUUCCUCCCACCUCUCCCGCCGCGCCACCGCCACCGCCAUGGCCGCGGCCCAGUCGCACUCGCCUCCACUGCCGCAGCAGCUCCGCCUCGGGUGCUUCCAGCGCGGCGCGCGCGCGCAGAACGUUCGGCUCCGGCACAGUUGGGCCUGCAGGGCGGCAUCGAAGAGGCGCACGCCAGGUGUUUGCUUCGUGGUCUCACCAAGCCAGCCAGGUCUUGCUGCGAUCGACGUACCUGCGGCGACCAUUCCUAAUGCGACUACCGUCCCCGACCGUACUUCGGUGUCCUCGCUUUUGGAGGUUGUUUCGGACGACUUGCUGAAACUAAACAACAAUCUAAAAUCGCUUGUUGGUGCAGAAAAUCCUGUUCUGGUUUCUGCGGCUGAACAAAUUUUUGGUGCCGGUGGAAAGAGAUUAAGACCAGCAUUAGUUUUUCUGGUGUCUAGAGCAACUGCUGAGUUAGCUGGUUUGUCGGAGCUAACUACAGAACACCAACGAUUGGCAGAGAUUAUAGAGAUGAUUCACACCGCAAGUUUAAUACAUGAUGAUGUCAUAGAUGAUAGUGGGAUGCGAAGAGGAAAGGAAACUAUUCAUCAGCUAUAUGGUACACGGGUGGCUGUACUUGCUGGUGAUUUUAUGUUUGCACAAUCUUCUUGGUUUCUUGCAAACCUAGAAAACAUUGAAGUUAUAAAGCUGAUCAGUCAGGUCAUCAAGGACUUCGCAAGUGGUGAGAUAAAACAAGCAUCCACUCUUUUUGACUGUGACAUCACUCUUGAUGAUUACCUUCUCAAGAGCUACUACAAAACUGCAUCUCUGAUCGCAGCAAGCACAAGGUCAGCCGCCAUAUUCAGUGGCGUCAGCACCACUAUUUGCGAACAAAUGUAUGAAUAUGGUAGGAAUCUUGGGCUGUCCUUCCAGGUAGUUGAUGACAUCCUGGACUUUACCCAAUCAGCUGAGCAACUUGGCAAACCAGCAGGAAGUGACUUGGCGAAGGGAAACCUGACGGCUCCAGUCAUCUUUGCUUUGCAAGAUGAACCAGAGCUAAGAGAGAUCAUCGAUUCCGAGUUCAGUGAGACUGAUUCGUUAGCUGCUGCGAUAGAGCUUGUUCACAGGCGCGGUGGAAUAAGGAGGGCACAUGAGCUUGCGAGAGAGAAGGGUGACUUGGCUAUCCAAAACCUGCAGUGCCUUCCGAGAAGUGAUUUCAGAAGUACCCUUGAGAGUAUGGUAAAAUAUAACCUUGAAAGGAUUGAAUAG